CGACCCGGAUCAAACUGAUGCAGAAGUUUGGUUGGUCGCGUAUCGCUAUCCUGCAACAGGCUGAAGAAGUAUUCAUAUCCACUGUAGAAGAUCUAGAAGCGCACUGCAAGAAGGCGGGGAUAGAGAUCGUCACUCGCCAGUCGUUCCUGUCGGACCCUGCAGACGCAGUGCGGAACCUGCGUCGACAGGACGCGCGUGUCAUAGUGGGGUUGUUCUACGUGGUCGCGGCGAGACGGGUCCUCUGCGAAGUCUACAAACAUCGCUUGUAUGGAAAAUCUUACGUCUGGUUCUUUAUUGGUUGGUACGAAGACAACUGGUUCGAGACUAACCUAGACCGGGAAGGGAUAGACUGCACGGUGGAACAAAUGCGAGAGGCAGCGGAAGGCCACCUCACCACCGAGGCACUCAUGUGGAACCAAAACUCCAAUCAGACCACUAUUUCGGGAAUGACUUCUGAAGAUUUCAGAUCGCGGCUGAACGAGGCGCUACGAGAAGCCGGAUAUGAUAUUGAUGGGGAGAGAUAUCCGGAGGGAUACCAAGAAGCGCCUUUGGCCUACGAUGCUGUGUGGGCCGUCGCUUUAGCCUUCAACAAAACAAUGGAGAAACUCCAAAAAAGCGGAUUGAGUUUGAAAAAUUUCACUUACACCAACAAGAGGAUUGCCGAUGACAUCUACGAGGCCAUAAAUUCUACGUCAUUCCUCGGUGUUUCGGGAUUGGUAGCGUUCUCGUCGCAAGGAGAUCGUAUAGCGCUGACGCAGAUUGAACAGCUGACUGACAACCACUACGUGAAACUGGGGUACUACGACACGCAAGCAGAUAACCUCACGUGGCUGGAUAGAGAGCGGUGGGUUGGUGGUAAAGUGCCGCCCGACCGCACCGUAGUUGUGAACGAACUACGUACCGUAUCUCUGCCGCUGUUCGCUUGCAUGACCGCGCUGUGCAUCGCCGGAAUCCUCGCCGCGAUAGCCCUCAUCGUGUUCAACGUCUUACACAGGCACAGAAGGGUGAUACAGUGGUCGCACCCAGCAUGCAACACGGUGAUGCUGUGCGGUUGCUGCGUCUGUCUGUGCGCUGCCAUCGCGCUCGGCGUGGACGGCCGCUGGGUCCAACCGCAGCAUUUCUCCGGACUGUGCGCCGCCAGAGCUUGGCUACUGGCCACCGGUUUCUCAAUGGCUUACGGAGCUAUGUUCACAAAGGUGUGGCGAGUGCACAGGCAUACAACCAAGCCGAAAGUGGACACAAAGAAACGCAUGCACGGUUGGAAGUUAUACACAAUGGUUGGAGGUUUGCUAGUGGUGGAUGCCGCAUUACUAACUGCGUGGCAACUUCGAGAUCCGCUGCAAAGACGUGUAGAAAUCUUCCCGCUGGAGGCACCUCGACAUCAUGAUGACGAUGUCCACAUAAGACCGGAACUCGAACAUUGUGAGAGCAAACACAACACUGUAUGGCUUGGUGUGAUGUACGGCUACAAAGGGCUCGUCUUAGUAUUUGGACUGUUCCUCGCGUACGAAACUCGUUCGGUAAAGGUGCGGCAGAUUAACGACUCCCGCUACGUGGGCAUGAGCAUAUACAACGUGGUGGUGCUGUGCCUGAUCACUGCUCCGGUGACGCUGGUUAUCGCGAGCCAGCAGGACGCCGCUUUCGCCUUCGUAUCGCUCGCCAUCGUGUUCUGCUGCUUCCUUAGCAUGGCACUUAUAUUUGUUCCUAAGGUGAUCGAGGUGAUUCGCCAUCCGACCGAGCGAGCAGAGAGCGGCCGCGGCUCUGGCUCCGGCUCCGCGCCCGCAGACGAGGAGCGCUACAGAGAACUGGUGAAGGAAAACGAAGAACUACAAAAGCUAAUAGCGCAGAAAGAAGAACGCAUACGAGUGCUGAAACAGAAGCUAGCGGAGCGAGAAGCGGCGGCGGCGGACGGCGUGACGCAAGAUGUACAGGACGAACACAUCUGACCACCGGCAAAGCAUCUUCGAUUCGCGUAGAGUAAUAGUGAAAUAUUAUUUAAUGUUGAACAUAGUUUAAUGCCGUAGUUGUUUAAUUUGUGAUAAUUUUAAGUGAUAAAGUGUUCUUAUAUACCUAGUUAGACAACAGGAAUCAAAGCUAAUGGUUUCCAAACGCGUUGUUGAAUAGAUGUCCGGUAGAGUUUCAUUUUGUUAAUGAUAUUUGAUGAGAGUCAAUAGCGAUAUUGGCAAUUCAUUCAUUUAAACACUAUUAUGCGAACAAAUUCAUAAAAUAUACUUAGACGCCAAAAAUUAUAUGUCAAGGCAUUGCUCACUAUAGUUUAAUAAAUAAAAAUAUCAAUCUAAGAAAUUAUAUAAUCCUCCAAAAGAAACUACGUAAAUAGUUUAUUUUAAAGAUUAAACAAAUCUGCUAUAUUUAUAAAAUAUUAUAUUAGAUCCUUUUGGUAUAUUUAUGUGAUUAAAAGAAUAGUAUUUCUUCAAAAGAUUUUAAGAAUAUUCCAUUCUAGUUCAUUAGAAAUCUUUAUACCUAUGUCACAGCAUAUUAUGAAAGAUUCAUAAAUUUAUUGCAAUUCUUUAAAGAUUUACGUACCGAUGUACCUACUUAAUAAUGUUGUAUUAAAAUAUAAUUGUUAAACCGUUUACACUAUAAACAAUUCUGUUAACAUAUCAAAGAAAAUUAACGGACAAAAUAUGUUUGUUUGAGUAUCUGCCGAAGGCAAAUAUAAAGUUAUUGAUAAAACUUGGCUCAAUCGCAGUGAUAAUGGAUGCCAAAGUCAGUAUUUCUUCAGAAAAUAUAAAUAUUUUAUAGGCAAACACUAUUUCUAAACACUCUUCAUUAUAAGGCUAGUAAACAAGACAUUAAAAUUUCCUAGUUCAUUUUGGAAUCACCUUUAAUGUUAAUUACCUCGAUAUAAAUUUAGAACAGCGAACAGAGCAAAUAAAUCUAGAAAGCAGUUGAAAAAAUAUAUCAGUUAAGUAAUUCUUUCUUUCAGAGCCAUCAAUCUACAAAAACUUCUCGAAUUUAAUAGUUAAUGCGCAUUCUAACCACGCAUUAGGCGUUCCAUAUACUCUGACAAUAUUUCGUAACAUUUUGCUAAAAAAACCUUGAACAUAAUUUACUAACAUUGAACAUUAUAAACGGAUAUAUUUCUUAUAUUUAAAAAAAAAAACGUAAUUACCAUAGUAUUGCUACCGUUACAAGUUAACGCUUUAUUUAUUCUGAUCGCUGGCUCAUGUAGAUAUGAUUGAAACAGUAAUAUUUCCGAACCAGUAUUGAACUCCAGGAUGACGAACAGAAAUCGAGCUGUAGAUAGUAUAUUGAGAGCAAUCGUUUCCUAGAAAUUUCAUUCGGUUAUAAGCAAUUGCGUCAUCUAGAAAUAUAAAAUUAGAUUUACGAUACGGAGAUGUUAAAGCACUGCCAAUUUAUUAAAUAUUUAAUUAGACAAAAUUUUUAUCUAAGCAAAAAUUCUAGAUCGUAGAAUUAGAUACAAUGUAGGUUUUACUUUCAAACACAACGUGCACACAUUGUGUUGUUAAGUUGAUUGUACAGUAAUUUACGGUAACCAUAAGUACACAAACAAAUUGGAAAACGUUAUUGUUUUCUUUCAUAUCGUGCCGUGCACGUUUAAGCACAUUGAAACUCCGUAUUUUCUCGGACAGUCUGUUUCCGGCUGCCCGUUAGCUUAUUUUCAAAUUGUGGCUCUAAUUUAUUUUCUAACUAUUGAGUUCUAGUAAGACUUGUAAACAUCUUUAAUAUUUAUUUCAAAUCAUAAAGCAUUUAUAAUAUGUCCAGAUCGGUAUGCAGAUAAGUAAUAUUAUAUUUUCUUAUUCUAAAUCGUUUAAUAGACGUAUCUUCCUUAGAGUUGUUAAUUUAAAUACGUUAUACAUACGUGACCUGUACAUAAUAGUAUAGAUACUUCUACUCACAUUCACCGUGUUAGUGAAAUGCAACUUGCGCAUUCGGCCUUAGUAAAGAUUUGACUGCAUAGAAUUAAAUAUUUAUGUUAUGAAUACCACACGUUGUCUAUCGAUGUACAUAUUGUUUCUUAAAUUUUAAAUACAUAUAAAAGAUCGUUGACAUUCUAAAUUUUAUUAUACUUUAAAAUUACAAAUGUUCUCGUCUACGAAUGUGCCUUCGGGGCACCUUCGUGGACGCGAUGAUGUCGUACAACUCAAGAUGUAUUGUCAAGUUUAUUGUAAGCUUCGUUAUUAAUUAGAGAAAUUACAUUCCUGUGAUCCGUACCUUUGGUUCUAUUGAACGUAUCACCCGACCCAUCACUGUAAAUA